UGAGGUUUACUGUGAUGCUUCAUUGUUGGGUUUGGGUGGUGUUUUGAUGCAGAAUAAGCAGGUUGUAGCUUAUGCUUCGAGACAACUGAAGGUUCAUGAGAGGAACUAUCCGACACACGAUUUAGAGUUGGCAGCUGUGGUAUUUGUUCUAAAGUUAUGGAGGCAUUACUUGUACGGGUCAAGAUUUGAGGUUUUCAGUGACCAUAAAAGUUUAAAGUAUUUGUUUGAUCAGAAAGAGCUGAAUAUGAGACAGAGGAGAUGGUUAGAGUUUCUGAAGGAUUAUGACUUUGGUUUGAAUUACCAUCCGGGUAAAGCAAACGUAGUGGCUGAUGCAUUGAGUCGGAAAUCAUUGCAUAUGUCUAUGUUAAUGGUUAAGGAAUUGGAUUUAAUUGAGCAGUUUAGAGACUUGAGUUUGGUGUGUGAGAGUACUCACAAUAGUGUUAAAUUGGGAAUGUUGAAAGAGGGUCAGAAAUCCGAUGUGCUUUUGGUUGAUAAGUUGACUCUAGUGAAUCAAGGUCAAGGUAGUGAAUUCAGCGUUGAUGAGAAUGGUGUUUUGAAAUUUGGUAAUCGGGUGUGUAUUCCGGAUGUUACCGAACUUAAGAAGAGUAUUUUGGAGGAAGGACAUCGUAGUGGCCUGAGUAUUCAUCCUGGAGCUACGAAGAUGUAUCAUGAUUUGAAAAAGUUAUUUUGGUGGCCGGGAAUGAAAAGAGAAAUUGCGAGUUUUGUUUAUUCUUGUUUGACUUGUCAGAAGUCAAAGAUUGAGCAUCAGAAGCCGUCUGGGCUAAUGCAACCGUUGGCUAUUCCAGAGUGGAAGUGGGAUAGUAUCAAUAUGGAUUUUGUUUCUGGUUUACCGAGGACAAUUAAGAAUUUUGAAGCUAUUUGGGUGAUUGUUGACAGAUUGACAAAAUCGGCUCAUUUCAUUCCGAUCAGAAUGGAUUAUCCGUUAGAGAGAUUAGCUGAGUUGUAUAUUGAGAAAAUUGUAAGUUUGCAUGGUAUUCCGUCGAGUAUUAUUUCGGACAGAGAUCCUAGAUUUACAUCGAAGUUCUGGGAAGGUUUGCAGAGGGCUUUGGGAACUAAGCUGAGAUUGAGUUCUGCAUAUGAUGGUUGUAAAAAAGUGAGGCAGCCCCAAAGGAGGCUUAAUCCUUUGAUUCUCGAUGUUGUGAAGAAAGAGGUAACCAAACUCUUGCAAGCAGGUUACUUUCAUAUUCAUAUUGCACUAGAAGAUCAAGAAAAAACCAUUUUUACGUGUCCAUUCGGUACAUUUGCUUACAGGAGGAUGCCUUUUGGUCUUUGUAAUGCUCCUGAGAGAUGCAUCGAAACUGACCUUGUUUUAAAUCAUGAAAAAUGCCAUUUUAUGGUCGAACAUGGAAUUGUCAUGGGUCACAUAAUUUCUAAAAAGGGAAUUUCAGUAGACCCUGCUAAGGUUGAUGUUAUUUCUACACUUCCUUACCCAUCUUGCAUUCGCGAGAUUCGUUCUUUUCUUGGUCAUGCAGGUUCCAAGGUUGUUGUUUUUACUGACCAUAAAACUUUAAAAUACUUGUUAAAGAAUCCAGAAGCAAAACCGAGAUUGAUUUGGAUAGAGAGGGAUGAAGAUCCUUUUCCCAUUCAGGAUGACUUUCCUGAUGAGCAACUUUUACUUUUGCAUGGGGUUACUCCUUGGUUUGCUGAUAUUGUUAAUUAUCUUGUUGCUGGUGUUUUUCCUGCAGAUGCAUCUAGGACACAAAUUCACAAACUCAAGAGUGACGCCAAAUAUUAUGUUUGGGAUGAUCCGUAUCUUUGGAAGUUUGGUAGUGAUCAGAUGCAACAAGCAGGUAUUGAAAGAAAACUCCAAUUACAACAACUUGAAGAACUUAGACUAGAGGCUUAUGAGAGCUCUAGGAUUUAUAAAGAGAAAACUAAGCACUUCAGUGAUAAGAUGAUUUCUAGGAAGGAAUUCUCUAUGGGCCAACAGGUUUUACUGUUUAACUCCGGCCUUAAGCUUAUGGUUAGGAAACUUCGAUCCAAGUGGAUUGGCCCUUUUGUUGUUACUAAUAUUUUCCCUCAUGGUGCAGUAGAAAUAAAAAGUGCAGGUACUGAUAAAACCUUUAAGGUCAACGGGCAGCGCCUGAAGAUAUUCCAUGAAAGUGCGGUGCCUGAAGAUGCACUCUUAGAAGAGCUUUCUUUGGAAAAGCCCACCUACCCUGCAACUUGA